AUGAAUAAACUACUCUGGACGAUUUUAUCAAUAUUCUUGUUACUUCAAAAGGACCUUGUUAGUGGUGAGAAUCCUGAAAUUACACAUAAAGCAUAUUUUGAUGUAAGCAUAAAUAAUAAGCCAGUUGGGAGAAUAACCUUUGGAUUAUAUGGAAAAGUAGUCCCGAAAACUGUUGAAAAUUUUGUAAGUAUAUGUAAAGGUACCGUAGUUAAUGGGAAAAUGUUGAGUUACACCAACUCCAUAUUUCAUCGCAUAAUACCAAAUUUUAUGGCUCAAGGUGGUGAUAUAACAAAUUUUAAUGGAACUGGUGGUUUAAGUAUAUAUGGAAAUAAAUUUGCGGAUGAAAAUUUUGUUUUAAAACAUACUAAAAAAGGAAUGCUAUCAAUGGCAAAUGCUGGAAGAAAUACAAAUGGGAGUCAAUUCUUUAUUUUAUUUGUUCCAACACCAUGGCUUGAUGGGAGGCAUGUUGUUUUUGGUGAAGUAAUUGAUGGCUUGGAUAAGCUAGUUCAAAUUGAGGCAGUUGGUAGUGAAUCAGGGGAACCAUCAAAAAGAGUUUUAAUAACAAAAUCGGGUGUGUUGUAA